GGGUAACAAAAAAGGAGGUCGCUGGCCUGGUUUUUCACGUGUUUACAAAGUGACAACCGAUAAAGGACGACAGUGAAUAAGGUGACGGCCAGAAGAUGUCAGGAGACGAAAAAACGAGGAGAACUAACUUCAUUACGUUGCCAGAUGACACCCCUGGAUACAGCCUGGAUGAGUUCUGUAUCCCUAAACAUUACGAGGACGAUCUAUCCCGGGUCCUAAUCCCCGCAGGUCUGAUUAAUGACAGAAUUGAGCGACUGGCUCGUGACAUUGUAGAGGAUUUUGAUGAGGAUGGGUUGGUCGCUCUGUGUGUGUUAAAGGGAGGAUACAAAUUCUUCACUGACCUCCUGGAUAAAAUCAAAGGACUAAACAGGAAUCUGGGGAGAUCUGUCCCUCUAGCUGUGGAUUUCAUUCGACUUAAAAGCUACGUGGAUGACCAGUCUUCUGGACAGAUUGAGGUCAUCGGGGGAGAUAACCUGAAAAACCUUAAGGGAAAGAAUGUUUUGGUUGUGGAAGACAUCAUAGAUACAGGAAAAACCAUGCAGAAGUUACUGGCCCUGCUACAGAAUGUUAAACCUAAGUGUAUAAAAGUAGCCAGUAUGCUGGUGAAGAGAACAAUAAGGAGUUCUGGAUAUAAACCUGAUUAUACUGGGUUUGAAAUCCCUGAUAUUUUCAUUGUGGGCUAUGCCUUAGACUACAACGAAUACUUCAGGGAUCUUAAUCAUGUUUGUGAAAUUAAUGAAGCAGGCAAGAAGAAAUAUGCAUCCAAAUAACGAAAGCCAUAUUCUUUUAAUGACUGAAUCAAAUGAUAUUAGAAUUGGGGACCAGUAAUCCACCUUGGAAUAUGUCAGCUAAAAUAACGAUGAUUAAACACAGAUUACAUGGUGGAUUACAGUGGAGUAACAGUAAUUUUCUGAGAUUAUAAUACAAUGUACAUCAUAAGGCAAGCAAAUCAAAUGAAUUAGAUUUCUUGUGGUUCACAGAUCUUGUUUUGUUACAAAGGAUGGGCUUCCAAGUUUAUCUAAAUUUACUAUUUUUUUUUAUUAUAGAAUUAUUAUAUGAUUUUUUUCUUUUUUUAAAAACAAGGGUUAGUUAAACAUAAUGCUAAUUUUGUAUCAUUUUGUAUGUUAUAUGACUUCUUUACCUUACUAUAGACUGGCAAAAUAUUUGCAAAACAAUUGCAAUUGUUUUCUUUUUUUAAAUCAUGAAAUUUUAACACAGUGAAAUUAAAAUGACACACUUUAUGUGAAACAGAUAAAAGUAUUGGGAGCAUUUAGAAAUAUUUGGUAAAAUCUUCCAAAUUAAAGGAAGCAGGGGAAAAAUCGGAGUAGCCAAUAAGAUUUAAAAACAUAUUAAAUGUAGUUCAUGUUCUCUGUUAUUCUGUAUUGAUUAAACUGUGUUGUACAUGUUGGGACCAAAGAUAUCCAGAACCGUUUCUGUUGAUUCUUACACAAUCUAAAUAAAACGAUCAGGGAAAUCGGAAAUAAUGUUAUUGUGACAAAAGAUUUAGAAGAUUGUAUUUACCUUAUUUUCUAUGAAAAUAAAUAUUUUUCUUAA